CACAACUUCAAAAAGCAGAAGACGAAAGACCUGAUGUUAAAGAAUUUGAUCAUCUCAAAGAACAUUUUGAAAAACAUUUACGACACACUACUCCAGCUGCAACAUUGCCAACAUCCAUUACAGGGAUAGGUAAUUUUAGUAGUAGAUAUGGUGGUGUGGCUAUUCCUGGUGGAUUAUCUCAUACCCAACAAAAAUCGGAUGAUCUUGCCCCAUAUGAAGCUGCCAUUAGAGUUGAAAAUGAAAGCGUAUUGGUUGAUGAUUUGGUUCAAUUAAAAGAUAUCAAUCAAA